UGGUGGGAUGGAGGGAGGUAGGGGGUGGGUUAAGGAGGGAGUGUGCUUUGAACGGAACAACCUAGUCUGUCUGACUUUUCACAGCUUGUUCUGCGGGAGAGUGCAGGUUCCAAUUGUUGUAGUUCUUUCCCAUCUCCUCCUUAAAUCCAAGGUGGCUGAAGAAGAGCGUCAGUCCCUGGGAAUGUCUGCCAGCAUCAGGGCCCAGGGACCUACAGACUGUCCUUUUUGCUUCAGGACUCCUUUCCCCAACGUGGCUAGGCUCACUCUCUCAAACCCUUACGAUGCUUGAGCAUAAUGGGAUCUAGGUUUGUGGAUACCCCCUGGCUGGGCUUCAUGGAGAAAUCUUCACUGAUCACCAACCUGAAUCCCAAAACAGACCCCAUCUUUCCAUGGACAGAAUGAGAGGUCUUCUGUAACCAGGCAUAACUGGCCAUCAUGGGGAAAUUGAUCAGAAUGGGAACACGGAAGAGGCGGUUACUCUGGCCAAAGCGGCUUCUUUGGAGUCGACUCUUCUUCCUGUUGGGAAUGUUGAUCAUCGGUUCCGCCUACCAGCACCUGAGGAGCCCCCGGGGCCUCCCCUCAUUGUGGGCAGCAGUCUCCUCCCAACACCCUGUAAAACUGGCCAGCCGUGACCUCCCUAACAACGAUAUGAUGAUGGUGAGCAGUGACCCUCCAAGAGCUAGCUCUGAAAUGAUGGGUGACACACGGGUGCCCCAAACUACAGUGGGCAAGGAUGAGGCAACACGUGGCAUAACAAUGGAGAAUACCCCCAAUCCACCCAGAAGGACAGCCAACAUCACUCCAACAAUGCCCAAGAAUAACUACAGCCUAACAGCUGCAGACGCAGAAAGAACGAAGGAAGACACCACAAUCACACCCAGUAGAGUACUGAAUCACUACACCCCAACUUCAAAAAGGCCAACAGUAAAGAAUCAUACCCCAACAACAUCACCCAGGGUAGAAAUGCAGAGCUAUCACCCAACUCAGGCUGGGAGAAAGGUGAUGAAAUAUACCCCAUCUCCACUUGGUAGACUAGUAAGCACUUAUGCCCCAUCCACACUCAUGACAAUGACAGAGAGCCAUGGGAUCACCCCCAGAACAACAGUGAAAGACAGUGAAACUAUGGCAACCACCAAAAUAUUGGAGACCAACCCCUCUAAGAGAAUAGUAGAGGAAACCACCCCAACUACUCUCAAGGGACUAAUUAAUAAAACGCCAACUCCCCUGAUAAAUGACAUGGAAACAAGCAUCUUGACUUCUCCAAGGAGUAUGACGGAAGAGAACACCCUGACUACCCCCAGAAGAGUGGAUAAUAACAGAUGGACCAAGCCCCGGGGGUUAGUGGGAAAGAACAAGCUGACGGCGCCCCUGGGAGUGGGCCUGGAGCACACCACGGCCAUCUCGGAGGGGCGAGUGACAAUACGCACCACCACGACAGGCAGUGGCCCAACAGAAACCAAAGCCUCUACCGCUACCUGGAGUGUUAGUAAUCCCUUAUCUGGAACCAGCGUGUCGACCAGUGGAAUAUCCUCCGCCACCUUCCGGGGGCUGGCAAAGAAAUCUUCCAUGGCACCCAGGCCCUCAUCACCCUCCAAGGUCAGGGCAAAUCCAACCAUCCAGGUCCGUCACUGUGUGGUUGUGGAGCCAGCCCCAGCGGUGCCCCCUGCUCCCUCCCCCAGCCUGACAACAGCUAUGAUCCCAGAGGCACCCAGUUCCAAUCCCUCAGCGCUGCCUCCUGGGUGGCCAGACCUUCACUCCAAGGCAGAGUACCCCCCAGACUUGUUCAGCAUAGAGGAGAGGCGACAGGGCUGGGUGGUCCUGCACAUCUUUGGCAUGAUGUACGUGUUUGUGGCCUUGGCCAUCGUGUGUGACGAGUACUUUGUCCCAGCCCUGGGUGUCAUCACAGAUAAACUGCAGAUCUCAGAUGAUGUGGCAGGUGCCACCUUCAUGGCUGCUGGAGGCUCUGCCCCUGAGCUCUUCACCUCCCUCAUUGGUGUCUUCAUCUCUCACAGCAACGUGGGCAUUGGUACCAUCGUGGGCUCUGCUGUGUUCAACAUCCUCUUUGUCAUCGGCACCUGUGCCCUCUUCUCCCGGGAGAUCCUCAAUCUCACAUGGUGGCCCUUAUUCCGUGAUGUCUCUUUCUACAUCCUUGACCUGAUAAUGCUCAUUCUCUUCUUCCUGGACAGCCUCAUUACCUGGUGGGAAAGCCUGCUGUUACUGCUGGCCUAUGCUUUAUAUGUGUUCACCAUGAAGUGGAAUAAGCAGCUCGAGGUCUGGGUGAAGGAGCAGCUCAGCAGGAGGCCAGUGGCCAAGGUCAUGGCCCUAGGGGACCUCAGCAAGCCAGGCAAUGGGGCAGCUGCGGUGGAUGAGCUACAGGAAAACACGAAGCUAAAGGUGGUGCUCCCCGCGGUGCUGACCCGAGGGAGCAGCUCGGCCUCUCUGCACAACAGCACCAUUCGCAGCACCAUCUACCAGCUCAUGCUCCACAGCCUGGACCCUCUGGGAGAAGCCCGCCCCUCCAAAGACAAGGAGAGCUUGAGUCAGGAGGCCAAAGCCAAGCUUCACGCUAACGCAGAGAACAAACCAGAGGAGGGGCCAGCCCAGCUUCCUGCGGUCACAGUCACACCAGCCCCCGAUCCAGAUGUCAAGGGAGAUCAGGAGGAGGAGGAUCCCAGCGGUCAGGAAGGAGAUGUGCCUGGAGCUGAGAGCACAGGUGACGUGAUAGGUGAAGAGGCUGAAACUCCUGAUAGAGGUGAAAAUGGACAACAAGGUGGAGGUGAAACUCAACUGGAAGGUGAAGGUGAAAUUGAAGCAGAAGGAGAAGGAGGUGAAGAUGAAGGUGAAAUUGAAGCAGAAGGAGGAGAAGGUGAACAUGAAGGUGAAAUUGAAGCAGAAGGAGAAGGAGGUGAAGAAGGUGAAAUCGAAGCAGAAGGAGGAGAAGGUGAACAUGAAGGUGAAAUCCAAGCAGAAGGAGAAGGAGGUGAAGAUGAAGGUGAAAUCGAAGCAGAAGGAGGAGAAGGUGAACAUGAAGGUGAAAUCGAAGCAGAAGGAGAAGGAGGUGAAGAUGAAGGUGAAAUCGAAGCAGAAGGAGGAGGUGAACAUGAAGGUGAAAUUGAAGCAGAAGGAGAAGGAGGUGAAGAUGAAGGUGAAAUCGAAGCAGAAGGAGGAGGUGAACAUGAAGGUGAAAUCGAAGCAGAAGGAGAAGGAGGUGAAGAUGAAGGUGAAAUCGAAGCAGAAGGAGAAGGUGAACAUGAAGGUGAAAUCGAAGCAGAAGGAGAAGGAGGUGAAGAUGAAGGUGAAAUCGAAGCAGAAGGAGGAGAAGGUGAACAUGAAGGUGAAAUCGAAGCAGAAGGAGAAGGAGGUGAAGAUGAAGGUGAAAUCGAAGCAGAAGGAGGAGAAGGUGAACAUGAAGGUGAAAUCGAAGCAGAAGGAGGAGGUGAAGAUGAAGGUGAAAUCGAAGCAGAAGGAGGAGAAGGUGAACAUGAAGGUGAAAUCCAAGCAGAAGGAGAAGGAGGUGAAGAUGAAGGUGAAAUCGAAGCAGAAGGAGGAGAAGGUGAACAUGAAGGUGAAAUCGAAGCAGAAGGAGAAGGAGGUGAAGAUGAAGGUGAAAUCGAAGCAGAAGGAGGAGGUGAACAUGAAGGUGAAAUCGAAGCAGAAGGAGAAGGAGGUGAAGAUGAAGGUGAAAUCGAAGCAGAAGGAGGAGGUGAACAUGAAGGUGAAAUCGAAGCAGAAGGAGAAGGAGGUGAAGAUGAAGGUGAAAUCGAAGCAGAAGGAGAAGGUGAACAUGAAGGUGAAAUCGAAGCAGAAGGAGAAGGAGGUGAAGAUGAAGGUGAAAUCGAAGCAGAAGGAGGAGAAGGUGAACAUGAAGGUGAAAUUGAAGCAGAAGGAGAAGGUGAACAUAAAAGUGAAAUCAAAGUGGAAGGAGAAGGAGAAGGUGAACCUGAAGGUGAAAUCAAAGAAGGAAAAGACGCCGAUGAAUAUGAUAGUGAAGGUGAACUAGCAGAAAGAAAAGUAACUGAUGAAGGUGGAGGUGAACUCCAAGCAGAAGAUGGUGAAAUGAAAGCUGAUGAGGGUGAAAAUGAAGAGCGGGAACUCAAUGCUGAAAGUCAAGGUGAAGCCAAAAGUGAUGAGAAAGGUAGAGAUGGUGAAGGGGGAGGUGAAGGAGGUGGAAGUGAAGAUGAAGAGGAGGAAGAAGAGGAGGAAGAAGAGGAGGAAGAAGAGGAGGAAGAUGAGGCGGAGGAUGAGGAGGAGGAAGAAGAGGAGGCAAGUGAGGAGCCUUUGUCCCUGGAGUGGCCCGAGACCAGGCAGAAGCAGGCCAUUUACCUGUUCCUCCUGCCCAUUGUGUUCCCACUGUGGCUGACCGUGCCCGACGUCCGGAAGCUGGAGUCUAAGAAGUUUUUUGUUCUCACCUUCCUGGGAUCCAUCAUGUGGAUAGCCAUGUUCUCAUACCUCAUGGUAUGGUGGGCUCACCAGGUUGGUGAAACAGUAGGGAUUUCUGAAGAGAUAAUGGGUUUGACGAUCCUAGCGGCAGGCACGUCCAUUCCUGACCUCAUCACCAGUGUGAUUGUUGCUCGGAAAGGCCUGGGAGACAUGGCUGUGUCAAGCUCUGUGGGCAGUAAUAUAUUUGAUAUCACCAUGGGCCUGCCUGUCCCUUGGUUGCUCUUCUCUUUCAUCAAUGGAUUACAACCUGUUCCAGUCAGCAGCAAUGGCUUGUUUUGUGCAAUUGUUUUGCUUUUUCUCAUGCUCUUGUUUGUGAUCUCUUCAAUUGCAUCGUGCAAAUGGAGAAUGAACAAGAUCCUGGGCUUCACAAUGUUCCUCCUUUACUUUGUAUUCCUGAUAAUCAGCGUGAUGUUAGAAGAUCGAAUCAUUUCCUGUCCUGUAUCUGUCUGAGUCAGAGUCACUGUUGCUCACAAUGGACAUGGAUCAGAAAACCAUGCCAGAAGCUACUGCACUUGUUGUUACAAUAAUGAAAGAAUGAACAUGGUCCAGGAGAGUGACAGGAGUGGCCAACAACCUCUAAUGGGAAUGUCAUCUGGGACUGAACAUUAUCUUUGGAAACACCAGCAGCUCGUUGUGGAUUAAGAAUCUCACCUCUGGAGGGAUAGAGUUCCUACCCCUGACUGAUGUUGGCAGCUAUCAUGUGGAGGCCAGUAGAAGGACCUCUGGAGCUAGAGGGUUUUCUGAGAGAUAACUUGGGGGUGAGUGCAGGUGCAGUCACCCAUGCUCACAGUCCCUGCUCAUUCCUGAAGGGCUGCUGAUCCAAAGAUGCAGAUGUGGUCUGCACUGCACCCUUGGCACCUGGCCCAGGCAUACGCUGCAAUUUGCUGUCCCCUCUUUUCCUGUUUAAAACAUGAGGUUUUUUUGUUUGUUUGUUUUGUUUUAUCAGGUUUGUAAACAUUACAGGUCCAGUUAUUGGUGGGUUUACGGAACUAAGACUAUAGGAAAAAAAAAAAGUAUAACAGGAAUCAAUUAUCAUUACACAUCAUAGUCCAGUAAAAUGUGUACCAGUAUUUUAUAGCUUAAAAGGACUACCUUAGCUCUUGUAGCUGCAUUUCUGAAAACUGAAAUUAAAAUAAGUAGCCCAAGAAAUUAAAAUUUAUACAUCGCCCUUGAAUUGGAAGUAGGGGAGAUAUUAGGGAAGGAAAACUACUCUAAGGGCUAUUUAAACAUAUGUACUUACUAGAAAAUCCAAGUUAGUAUUGUCUCUGCCAAGUGGUCACCUUGAGGGAUUAGACACUCAUACAAAGCUUUCCUGUCUUUGCUCUUCCAGCAUAUUCUCGCCUAACAGUGACAGCCACUACUAGUGAGUAAGAAAAGGAGUAAUUUUAAAAAGAGUCCAAAAUCAGCAGAGCCAAGUCUGGUUUAUAAAGUAAGAGAUCCAGUGGGGUAAUAUUAUUUUUGUGUGUCAACCUAGAGAUAGGAUUAUAAAGCAAGACGACUGAUUUCCUGUGCGGUUUACAAGUGGAUCUCCAGGCAGUUACAGCGGAGAAAUUCCAAAAAUGCUUAACAUGAUGACAACAUGGUGAGAUAGAGAAUAUUACUGCUACCAAUAGUUAGUGUAAAGGACUUUUGUGUUUUUAAAAAUUGUGUGGCUAUUUAAACAUCGCAUGUGGAAUCUGAAGUGCUUGUAUAUUAAACACCACUGCUUGCUGCUUUUACUAGCAUUGAGUUAAGGGACACAUUCGAAAUGAAACAGUGCUAUGUCCCUGGUUUCAGAGCAGAAGAAGCUCAGGUGAUUAGAUAAUGAUGGUAAAUACAGCUUUAAUUAUGAGAGGAUUCAUUGAAGACUAGAAGAUAGCAGGACAGAUGCGAUGUAAAAAAAAAUUUUUUUUUUGGUGUUGAGGGGCUAUAUUCAAAAUACUUCAGUCCAUAAUCCAUCUCUUAAGAUGGGCUG